AUGGCGGAGAUCCUGGCACUCCUGGCGGAGGGCGGGGUCGCGGUAGAGGCAGGGGCCGGGGUCGAGGGCGAGGUGCUCCUCCGCAAGGGUGAGACAGGAGCGGGCUGGCGAUCUAGGACUGCUGGUGCACCACGCAUCAACCGUCGGAUGUAUCUCUCGCGGAGUGCACCUCCUAGGCCUGUGCUAGCUGCACACUACCCCGGGAUGGAUGAGACGCGGCACCUGCCACGUACUUUGGGCCUAGCGCUUCGCUGGAUAGCCGUCGCCGGCCGCGACAGGCACGAUCUCGACGAUCCCGGCGCAAAACGGCUUGGUUGCGAGAUCAGUGGAUCUUGCGCCGAGGAAAGGAGCGUGAGCGCAGCGCUCGAGAAGGUGGCCAACGAGGUAGGGAAUGGGGUGUCGCUGGGCGCAGUCGCGAUUGCGUGGGCGUUGCAGAAGAGCACAUACGCAUUCCCUAUCGUCGGUGGACGGAACGCUCAGCAGCUCGAAGAAGUUCUUGAGGCUCUCAAUAUCGUCCUCAUUCCUGAGCAGAUAAAGUCGCUGGAGGGGGCUGCGCCGUUUGUGUUCGGCUUCCCGUACUUGCCCCUCUUCGGAACGGAUCCCGCCCUCGGAGAUGGUCGGGGGAAUGUCUUCGUGUCCUCCGUAGGCACCGUCAAAUUUGUCAAGGCCCCAGCCCGAUCGUCCCUGGUCCUUGAGCGUACGAGUCGAUUACUCGCGUACGCAAUGUACCAGUGUGGUUUCGCCGGUAUCGGCGGCCUCGCAGUAGCCUAUGCACUCAGCAAAGCAGGACAACGGGUCAGAGUUCUGGAGAAAAAUAACUUGAACGUCCCAAGCGGUGGGCAUCGCAUGACCCCAAAUUCUAGCAAGAUCCUACGGCAGUGGAUCGGCGAGGAGGAGCUUAUGAAAUCAGCCGUGCGCUGUGUUCGCUGCAAGACCUUUGAUUUGCGAACUGGAGAGGCCGUGGGCUAUAUCGAAUGGAAACCCGCUGUCAUAGCAGAGACUGGUGGCGACUUCCUUCUUAUGCAUCGCAACGACCUUGUGAGAAUACUCCACAGACUUGCAACGGAUGCAGGUGCCAUUGUCGACUUUCACGCCGAGGUGACCUCCGUGCAGCAGGGAACGGAAGAGGACCCUAAGCCGGCAGUGACUCUUGCAACUGGAGAGAUCAUUAAAGCAGACGUCUUGGUGGGUGCGGACGGAUGCAAAAGCCUAGUGCGGAAAGUGGUAUUGGAGGAGGAGGACUGCGCAGAACCUGUCAGGAUGACCUUGUAUACAGGGGUCAUUGAUGCUAAAGAUAUGGUGACGGAUCCGGAUCUCGCACCGUACAUAUCGUCCGAUGAGUGGGCAAUAGGCAUGUCACCCGGUCGCUGUAUGAUGGGACAUCCCGUGGCGGCGAGAACCCAAUAUGCGAUCCAUCUAUUUUAUUGGGACAAACUAGAUAGGCUUCCUCAGGGCGGCGAAGAGAGUUGGGAAGAUCUCUGUUCUAUAGACGGUAUCAGCACUUCGGACGCUUACGGCCCAGCAUUCCAGACGAUGCUCAAGCUGACCACCAACCUCAUCCGUACGCAAUGGAAGAAUCAUGAGAACACAGUCGAAUGGGUGGACUCCACUGGCCGAAUGGUUCUGCUCGGCGACGCGGCGCACCCGUCCUUCCCUGGAGGGACCCACUCGAUAAGCCUGGCCAUCGAGGACGCAGUUGUGCUCGGCUCACUUUUCUCUCAUCUGAGCACGAUAGACCAAGUCCCCUCUUUUCUCGGCGCCUACCAGGAGCUCCGCCAGCGGCGGUGCGAGCUU